GGCUGGUGAGGAUGAAAAGCAAAGUGGCCUUCAAAGUUAAAGGCAAAGGCACACACUUGGCCACCUUGACAAUGGCACAAAGUGCAUGUGCCCUUAAGUUUCUUCUUCAUCAUCAUCAUCUUCUUCUUCUUCUUAUCUUUCUUGCAACACCAUUAAUAUCAGCCACAUCUGCAGCCUUUAACAGAAGCAGUUUCCCUUCAGACUUUGUGUUUGGUGGUGUUUCUGCAGCUUACCAAAUUGAAGGUGCUUGGAAUUUGGAUGGCAAAGGUCCUAGCAUUUGGGACACCUUCACUCACACCCAACCAUGGAAAAUAGCGGAUGGAAAAACAGGAGAUGUAGCCAUUGAUUUUUACCAUCGUUACAAGGAUGAUGUGAAGCUUUUGAAGAGCUUGAACAUGGAUGCAUUUAGGUUUUCCAUCUCUUGGACAAGGAUUCUGCCAACUGGAAGUCUAAGUGGUGGAAUUAAUAGGAAGGGCGUUGAGUUUUAUAAUAAUCUCAUCAAUGAACUCUUAGCUCAUGGAAUGAAGCCUUAUGUUACCAUCUUCCAUUGGGACACACCACAAGGAUUGGAAAGCAAAUAUGGUGGCUUUUUAAGCCGAAAUAUUGUAGAUGAUUAUCGUGAUUUUGCGGAAGUUUGUUUUAAAGAGUUUGGAGAUCGAGUAAAGCAUUGGAUCACGUUCAAUGAGCCAUAUACUUAUUGUUCGCGUGCUUAUGAUAUGGGAACAUUUGCCCCCGGUAGGUGUUCACCAUGGGCUGGAAAUUGUACUGCUGGAGACUCUGGACGUGAACCCUACAUUGCUGCUCAUAAUAUAUUAUUUGCUCAUGGUGCAGCAGUCAAAGUAUACAGAGAAAAAUAUCAGGCUAAACAAAAAGGUUUAAUUGGCAUAACACUAGUGACCAACUGGUUCAUACCCUACACCACUUCCAAGGCUGAUAUUCAUGCUCAACAAAGAUCUCUAGACUUUAUGUUUGGAUGGUUCAUGGAUCCUUUAGCAUAUGGAAACUAUCCUUCAAGCAUGAGAAUGAUUGUGGGAAAUCGUUUACCAAAAUUUACAAAGCAAGAGUCUGAAAUCAUCAAAGGAUCAUAUGAUUUCAUUGGACUUAAUUACUACACCACUUGGUAUUCUCAGAGUGUUCCUCCCACUAAUUCCUUGGUUAACACAAGUUACUCUACUGAUUCUCAAACUAAUCAAUCAGUGACUGGUAUUCGUUUGGGAAAGCCUCUUGGUCCUACAGCAGCUUCAGGUUGGCUCUUCGUCUACCCACCAGGGAUAAGAAAUCUUUUGUUGUAUAUCAAGGAUAAAUACAACAACCCUUUGAUAUAUAUCACAGAAAAUGGUGUUGAUGAUAAUAAUAUCAAGGAUUUACCACUUAAGGAUGCCUUAGAAGACAAUGUUCGGGUUCUCUAUUACUACCAACAUCUUCGAUAUCUACAAAGCGCAAUCAAGAAAGGCUCAAAUGUAAAAGCAUAUUUUGCUUGGGCAUUUUUGGAUGAUUUCGAAUGGGAUGCUGGCUUCACUGUUCGGUUUGGUCUCACUUUUAUUGAUUAUAAUGAUAAUUUAAAGAGAUAUCCAAAGAAGUCGGCUCUUUGGUUCCAUCAAUUUCUUAAGAAAUAAACUUAUAUAUUAGUAAGGAGAGUGUUUCCUUUCACUUUGAAAUUUGAAUAAAAGUAUUGUUGAUGUAUCACUUUAAUUAUUGAAAAUUUAAUAAAAUUCUCUCGCUUUGUUUGUGUGAGUAAAA